CGAAGCGAUGUUGGUGUUACAAGCGGUCCUCCGACAAGCUUCCUUGGAUAUUCCUCCCAUCGCUUCCUGUGCAGAGGUGAGCUGUGUGGGACGCCUUUAAACAUAUAGUUUAAACAUCCAUGAUGGUUUAUAUUAAACUUGACCCAGAUAUUGGGAGGUGAAUGCAGAGGUCCUGCUGUGACUGACAGCCUCUCCCGUGUUGCAGAUGAUACAGAUGGAAAAUCAACGGCAGCAAUGUCAAGGAGAUCUCUUUAUGGGCUGUACCCCUACAAGUCCAGCAUGAUUGGGCUGGAGAACCUGGGCGAUCCCUCGGCCGACUGGGACAUAGUGGAAACCAUCGGGAAAGGGACGUACGGCAAAGUCUACAAAGUGACCAACAAGAAGGACGGGAGCCAGGCGGCAGUGAAGGUGCUGGACCCCAUCAACCAUUCAAGCUCCUCAAACAGAGACGUAGAUGAGGAGAUUGAAGCAGAAUACAACAUCUUGAGGUCUCUGUCCAACCAUCCUAAUGUGGUGAAGUUUUACGGCAUGUUUUACAAGUCAGACAACUUAUCUGGGGGACAACUCUGGCUGGUACUGGAGCUGUGCAACGGCGGCUCCGUCACAGAACUCAUCAAAAGCCUGAUCAUGCGCGCCCAGCGCCUGCAGGAGCCUAUCAUCUCAUACAUCUUGUACAGUGCCCUCUCGGGGCUGCAGCAUUUGCACAACAACCGGAUAAUCCAUCGUGACGUCAAAGGAAACAACAUUCUCCUCACAACUGAAGGGGGAGUCAAACUAGUUGACUUUGGUGUUUCCGCUCAACUGACCAGUGCACGGCUGCGGAGGAACACAUCGGUCGGGACGCCGUUUUGGAUGGCUCCUGAGGUCAUAGCCUGUGAGCAGCAGUACGACUCCUCGUACGACGCCCGCUGUGAUGUGUGGUCUCUUGGCAUCACAGCCAUCGAGCUGGCAGACGGAGACCCCCCUCUGGCUGAGAUGCAUCCAGUGAAAGCGCUCUUCAAAAUCCCGCGAAAUCCCUCGCCCACACUCCGAAAUCCUGACCAGUGGUGCAGAAGUUUCAGCUAUUUCAUCAGCCAGUGUUUGAUAAAGGACUUUGAGGCCCGUCCAUCUGUGACCCACCUGCUGGAGCAUCCCUUCAUCAAGCAGGUCCAUGGCAAGGAUGUAGCUCUCAGCCAGCAGUUAGCAGAUCUUAUCAGAGAGCAGCAAGAAUUUGGGUGCAGAACCAGAACCAGGCACAAGCGGAUUAAUACUCGUAAAACGCUGGUAAUUGAAAGCUGCCCUGACGACGAUCUGGUAAACCUGGAGUUUCUGGACGAGGAGAUAAUAAUCAGUCAUCUCCAGAAGCGGUACGAUGAGCUUCAGGUCUACACUUACGUUGGCGACAUCCUCAUCGCUCUCAAUCCUUUUCAGAACCUCAGCAUCUAUUCUCCUCAGUUUUCUAAGCUGUAUCAUGGCGUAAAGAGAGGUGACAACCCUCCACACAUCUUUGCCACAGCAGAUGCAGCGUACCAAGGAAUGGUGACUUUCUGCAAAGACCAGUGCAUCAUCAUUAGUGGUGAAAGUGGAGCAGGGAAGACGGAAAGUGCUCAUUUGAUUGUUCAACAUCUUACCUUCUUAGGAAAGGCAAACAACCGGACUCUGCGGGAGAAGAUCCUGCAGGUCAACCCUCUGGUCGAAGCCUUCGGAAACGCCUGCACAGCCAUCAACGAUAACUCCAGCCGGUUUGGUAAAUACCUGGAGAUGAAGUUCACACCGACUGGAGCCGUCAUCGGGGCAAAGAUCUCCGAAUAUCUGCUGGAGAAAUCGCGGGUUAUCAAGCAAGCAGCCGGGGAGAAGAACUUUCAUAUAUUUUACUACAUGUACGCCGGGCUUUACCACCAGUCCAAGCUGAAGACUUACAGGCUGCCGGACAGGACGCCUCCCAGGUACAUUGACAGUCAGCAGAGCAAAGUGAUGCAGGACAUUGUCUCGAGGAAACAGUACAAGGAGCAGUUUGACGCAAUUCAGGAGUGUUUCAGAAACAUCGGCUUCACAGAAGAAGAGGUGAACUCUGUUUACAGGAUUCUGUCAGGCAUUCUGAACACGGGCAAUAUUGAGUUUACUGCCAUCACGUCUCAUCACCACACAGAUAAGAGUGACGUGCCUAACUCAGAGGCCUUAGAGAACGCUGCGUCUCUGCUCAGCAUCGGCUCCGAGGAGCUCCAGGAAGCGCUGACCUCUCAGUGCGUGGUCACAAGAGGCGAGACCAUCAUCCGCACCAACACCGUGGACAAAGCCGCCGACGUCCGAGACGCCAUGUCCAAGGCCUUGUACGGACGCCUCUUCAGCUGGAUCGUCAACCGCAUCAAUUCGCUGCUGCAGCCCGACAUGAAGAUCUGUGCCGCAGAGAGCUGCAUGAAUGUGGGAAUCCUGGACAUCUUUGGAUUCGAAAACUUCAAGAAGAACUCGUUUGAACAAUUGUGCAUCAACAUUGCAAAUGAGCAGAUCCAGUUUUAUUUCAACCAGCACAUAUUCGCCCUUGAGCAGAUGGAAUACCAGAGCGAGGGAGUGGAUGCCAGCCUGGUGGAGUAUGAGGACAACAGGCCCAUUCUGGACAUGUUCCUGCAGAAGCCGAUGGGGCUUUUAUCCUUACUGGAUGAGGAGAGUCGCUUCCCCCAGGCCACCGAUCAGACCCUUGUGGAUAAAUUUGAAGACAAUCUGCGUUGCAAAUAUUUUUGGAUUCCUAAAUGCAUGGACCUUUGCUUCGGAAUACAGCAUUAUGCUGGAAAGGUGAUGUACAACGUAAAUGGAUUUCUGGAAAAGAACCGGGACACUCUUCCUGCAGACAUCGUUUUGGUGUUGAGAACAUCGGAGAACAAACUCCUUCAGCAGCUGUUUUCCAGCCCUCUGACUAAAACAGGAAAUCUGGCGACGUCCAGGGCUCGGGUCACCGCUGCCUCCAGAUCUCUCCCCCCUCAGCUCACCUCGGGACGCAGCAAGUCUCCAAAAUACCUAAUGAAGGUGGACACUAUGGAGAUGAUGCGUCACCCAGAAGAAACCACCAACAUGAGGAGGCAGACUGUGGCAUCUUACUUUCGUUACUCCCUGAUGGACUUGCUCUCCAAGAUGGUGAUGGGUCAGCCGCACUUUGUGCGCUGCAUCAAACCCAACGAUGACAGGCAGGCGCUGCGCUUUUGCAAGGAGAGAGUGAUGGUGCAACUGCGCUACACUGGGAUCCUGGAGACGGUCAACAUCCGCCGACAAGGCUUCUCCCACCGCAUCCAGUUCGAGGAGUUUGUCAACAGAUAUUACUACCUUGCAUUUCGCGCCCACCAGAUGCCCGAAACAAACCGAGAAAACGCAGUCGCUAUACUGGAACGGGCCAAACUGCAAGGCACGGUGUUAGGGAAGACAAAGGUGUUUCUGAAGUACUACCAUGUGGAGCAGCUGAACCUGCUGCUGCGGGAGGUGAUAGCCCGGGUGGUGGUGAUGCAAGCUUACGCUAAAGGCUGGCUGGGAGCCCGCCGAUACCGGAAAGUAAAGGAGCAAAGAAGCCGCGGCGCCGUCAUCAUCCAGUCAGCCUGGAGGGGCUAUGCUGCGCGGCAGAAUCUGAAGCAGAUAAGAAAGGAGCGGGAACAAGCUGCAGUCCGCAUACAGUCAGUUUACAGGGGCCAUCGAGUCCGUCACGUCCACGGAUCCCCAGGGCAACGAUGUCACAACGAGGCCAGAGGAAAGACCACCAAAGAAGAGCACACAAGGUGCAGCCCAAAGACAGAAGAGGCUCAUCCAGAUGACUUACAUGAAGGAAAUGUUGGCCCUGACAGCCAAGACAGACAAGUGAAAGACAUCAAGAGAGACAAAAGCAGAGGAGAAGACGGUGUAACGAAGCCUUGCAGCGAGACAGCCAGGCUGCAAGACGUGCAGUGUAAACAAGGUUCAGUGACGAAGCCGCAGCAGAGGACUUCUCGUCGUCGUGGCCAGCAGCCCAAGCUGCUCAACAGCCCUGAAGACAGCCUGUACUACAACCAGCUAAAUAGAACUCUGGAUCACCAGGGGAGCAAGAGGAAGCCGAGAAAACUUGGUCAAAUCAAAGUGCUGGACGGAGAGGAUGAGUACUACAAAUUACUGUCAACCGUGGAGUCGAUCCCUGAGGAAGAGCACGCGACUGAACCCCCUCCCACCCUUUCCAACGGGCCCCUCGUCAGUCAGCGCUGAAGCUCUGUGUCAGUGUCAGCCGGUUGCCUUGUUCUGGAGCAGAACCAAAACCCAACCCAUCUGAAGAAUACGCGACUCUUACUGUAAAUUUUUAUUUAUUUCUAGGUGUGCUGCUGUUUUUUUAUGAGCCAAAUAAAUAUUUUAAAAAUCC